AUGGCGACAGAGACGCUCAGACAAAGGAAGCCGGCAGCUGCAACUGAUAUCAGUGUCGGAACGCCGGACAAAUACGCACAGAAGCAGGAGCAGGAACAGGAACACCCAGGAGGAGAUAUCAAACAUGGAGGAUUUGUCCAGAUUCUGCGACUUGUAGCAUUUGCCACAUAUUUUCUCGCUGCAUCCUGCUCAAUAUGUGCCACACAGUUCCUCGGCGUACCGCUGUACUGGAUUAAUAAAGACCUCUAUUAUGCUUACAUGGCACUGACGAAACAAUCUUUCGGUAUUACUGUUACGACAGUAACACAAUGGUGGUCGCCGACUCUGGUGCGGAUAAGUGGCGAUUCUUCGAUGGCCGGGCAGUUGCAUAAAACGGCAGAUGGGAGGGUUGAAUGUGAUUUCCCAGAUCGGAUCGUUCUGAUAGCGAAUCAUCAGUUAUACACCGACUGGCUUUACAUGUGGUGGAUAGCCUACACGAACCAGCCCCGAAUGCACGGCCACAUCUACAUCAUAUUAAAGGAGUCGCUCAAGCACGUUCCAAUAAUUGGCUGGGGCAUGAGGUUCUAUGGCUUUAUUUUCAUGACGCGAAAGAUGACCACGGAUCAACCAAGGCUUGCUUAUAGGCUGAGAAAACUGAAAGAGGUACAUUCCGGACCGCUGUCAGGAACAUCGGGGCUUGACCCUAUGUGGCUUUUGCUUUUCCCCGAAGGAACAAAUGCGAGCGAUAAUGGCAGGGCGAAAAGCGCGCAAUGGGCCGAGAAGAUUGGGGUCAAGGAUAUGGAACAUACACUUCUACCCCGAAGUACUGGGUCCUACUUCUGUCUAAAUGAGUUGAAGGGGACGGUUGACUACGUGUACGACUGUACAUUAGUAUAUGGGGGCGUAGGGAGAGCGAAAUUCGGCCAGGACUUUUUUACUCUGCGGUCCAUGUAUCUGCAAGGGCGACCCCCGCCAUCCGUAAAUAUGCACUGGAGACGAUUCGUCCUCAACGACAUACCACUCAAUACGCCAGAAGAAUUUGAUUUGUGGUUGAGAGAACGAUGGUAUGAAAAGGAUGCCUUGAUAGAGCAUUACUUAACCACAGGCCGACUCCUAGCCGACACAGCCGCAACGAAAGGCGCAACCCAUGAUGGCUACAUUGAUACGGAAGUUAAGCUCACCCACUGGUGGGAGGUUGGAAAUAUAUUCGUAGUGCUUGCCGCCUUCGGGUUAAUUGCAAAUCUAAUACCCAGGGUGUGGAAUGUGGUGCUGUAUGGGAAGCAGUCAUGA